CAAAUUCACUGCAUACAAUCACAACUUAACAUAUUUGCUGUUCUUGAGUGUUAUUAUUACGUUAUAUUAGUGCAAAACGCUUAAACUUUCCAGUGGUUUCUUAAACGUAUGAAUUAACAUUAUGUAAGCGGUUUUUGAAGAUGUUUAAAGGUUAUGUUGUUAUUGCCAAGUUGCGAUGUCAGGAACUGGAGUGAUAACAUUAAAACAUGGAUAAUUCUUUAAACAGUGGUCUGCAUCGUCGGCAUUUCAUUAGUAACCACGUGGAUGACAUUCCAAUGGAUACCAUUCGAUUAGUUUCUCCGAUAAACAGGUUUGCGAUAUUGCAAGGGCACUUCAGCAAUGAUGAGAAUAAUUAUCCUGAAAAGCCCUACAAAUUUAGGACGAAGCUUAUAAUAUCGGGAUUAGUCAUUCUUAUAUUAAUAUCGGCGUUAAGCGGAUAUCUCAUCGGCAAAGCAGAUUAUAAUGCGUGGAAGUUAGCUGAACCAUUGGACCCAAUCAGUCCUCUAAAACCCUCACCGUCGUUGCUCCAAGUCUUCAAGAGAGCGGCGGUCUGCACAGACGCCCCUCCAUGCUCGGAAAUAGGAAGACGCAUCCUAUCCGUAAAUGGGUCAGCGGUGGACGCUACGAUCGCCGCCAUGUUCUGCAAUGGCCUCCAUAAUCAGCAGAGCAUGGGGCUCGGUGGGGGGUUCUUCAUGACGGUCUACAUAAAGGAGGAGGAAAAAGCCUACACAGUGAACGCUCGGGACAAGGCACCGGCUGCUGCUUCGAAGGACAUGUUUAACGGGAACUUUGAUAGAGCAUCUAAAGGUCCUCUAUCCGUUGGUGUUCCCGGCGAGCUUCGCGGCAUGUGGGCUGCCCACAAACGGUGGGGCAAGCUGCCCUGGGAGAGCCUCGUGAAACCCACGUUAGAGUUCUGCAAAUACGGGUUCAUCAUGUCCAAAGCCUUGCACGACGGAUUGGAAACCGCCCCGUAUGUCAAGAAUGAUCCUCAUUUGAAGAGGACGUACUACAACACGUCGAAGGACAAGUUCCAUAAGCCGGGUACUCUAGUAAAACCUUCGGAGGCUUUGUGCAACACACUCAGAAUCAUCGCGGAGAAAGGGGGCGACGUGCUUUAUAACGGAACCCUUGCUGUGGACUUUUUAGAAGAUCUGCAGCGUGUAGGCAGCAUCAUCACGGCUGAAGACCUUAGGGACUACCAGGCAAAAAUCACAGAUCCAAUAGCAGUAACGUUGAGCAGCGGCGACAUCCUCUACACACCGCCGCCCCCGAGCAGUGGCGCUAUCCUGGUGAACAUUCUGAACAUCCUCAGCGGAUACAACUUCAAUGAGGACAGCAUAAACAGCACAGAUAACAAAAUACUGACGUACCACAGGACUUUAGAAGCCUUCAAGUAUGCUUACGCGGCGAGGACUAAGUUAGGGGAUAUUGAUUUCUUGGAUUUGAAUGAGUUCCUCCAAAAUAUUACGGCGCCAGAAUAUGGUGCACAAAUCAGACUGAGGAUCAACGAUUCUUCGACCAGCAAUGACACAAACUACUACGGGGCGACAGAGUACAACAAGCCGGAUUCGGGGACCGCACACAUUUCUGUCAUCGCUGAUAAUGGCGACGCGGUUUCCAUGACCAGCUCUAUUAACUUUUACUAUGGUGCAGGCUUCUCAACACUCAACACGGGUAUAGUCAUGAACAAUGUGAUGGACGAUUUCUCUUCCCCUGGCUUCUCGAACUCCUUCGGCUUGAAGCCCUCUCCGGCGAACUUCAUCGCGCCAGGGAAGAGGCCACUGUCUUCAAUGAGUCCAAGCAUCAUCGUUGAUAGGUAUAACAACGCGAAGCUUGUCAUUGGAGCAUCGGGUGGGACUAAAAUCGUUACAGCUAUUGCUCAGGUAACAAUGCGCAAGUUGUGGUUCGGACAGACGAUCAAGGAGGCCGUGGACGAAGCCCGAAUACACCAUCAGAUAUUCCCCAUGACCGUUCAAUAUGAGUUUGGAAUUAUUGAGGACAUAGUACAAGGUUUACGUGCGAAAGGACACGGUAUGGAGCGGUAUCGUGGCAGAGGCUCUAUCAUUUGCGCACUCUUCCGGAACAAAACCGCCAUCUUCGCUAACGCUGACUUUAGGAAAGGUGGCGACGUAGCUGGGAUGGAUUAAGUUGCAGAACAUUUUAAAUAAGGAAUUUAUUCUGGGCCGGACUCAAAAAUAUAGCUCUAAUUUAUUUGUGAUAACGUGAUAACCUUCGAUCAUAUAAAUCUUAAUAAUAAGAUACCUACUAGAAAUGUCAUUUCCCGAAUACCACAUGAGCACAACUGUCGUAAAGGUUAGCUCUGGACCCAGACGCCGUGGAAGAUCC